AUGGCCAGAUUCACUCAGACUGAAACAAGAAGGCAGCAGCACCAUCCUCAGCAGCCCCAUCAGCCCGCUCACUCCAGCCUGGUUUUCACCGGACCGGGGGCAUCACCGACCCAGCCACCACUCCUCCUGAUCCCUCAUCAGCACCAGUACCCUCAGUUCACAUUUCCGAAACCCAUGAACGGGUCAGAACCCAUAUCAAUUCAUCCGGAGAGCGGCAACAUGAAAGACCAAGAUGCCAUUAAGCUGUUUAUCGGGCAGAUACCGCGGAACUUGGAGGAAAAGGACCUGAAGCCGCUGUUUGAACAGUUUGGGAAAAUCCACGAACUGACAGUUCUAAAGGACCGAUACACCGGCAUGCACAAAGGUUGUGCUUUCCUCACCUACUGCGCCAGAGAGUCGGCCAUCAAAGCCCAGAAUGCCCUCCAUGAACAGAAAACACUGCCAGGGAUGACUCGGCCCAUCCAGGUGAAACCGGCUGACAGCGAGAGCCGCGGAGAAGACAGGAAGCUGUUUGUCGGGAUGCUGAACAAACAACAAACCGAGGAGGAUGUUUACCGCCUCUUCGAACCCUAUGGAGUCAUCGAGGAGUGCACGGUCCUAAGAGGCCCCGAUGGAAAUAGCAAAGGUUGCGCCUUUGUCAAGUUCUCCACACAUACUGAGGCUCAGUCUGCAAUCAGCGCCCUCCAUGGCAGCCAGACCAUGCCAGUGAGUCCUUCUCCCUCUGAUGGUGCUUCCUCCAGCUUGGUGGUCAAGUUUGCUGACACAGACAAGGAGCGCACCAUCAGACGUAUGCAGCAGAUGGUUGGGCAGUUUGGCAUCUUCAACCCGGCCAUCGCCCUCCCCUUCAGCACCUACAGCUCUUACGCACAUGCGCUCAUGCAGCAGCAGGCAGCCAUCAUGGCAGCAAGCCACGGAGGUUACCUCACGCCCAGCGUGGCUUAUCCCGCCACGCAGAUCCACCAGAUGGGGGCGCUCAACAUCAACAGCCUCCCACCCACUUCCAUGACCUCGGUGUCGGGUGACUUUCAUCACGCCCUGGGCCUCAGUUCUCCACCAGCCAACAUCACCACCUCCGCCGUGCCCAGCCUCGUCACGCCCCUCGUCAACGGAUUCACCGGCAUCCCCCAUCAGCCCAACGGACAUCCUGCCGUGGAGGCCAUGUACACCAAUGGCCUGCCGCCCUACUCCACCCAGAGCCCCACCGCUGCGGACACCCUCCAGCAAGCCUUCACCGGAGUACAGCAAUACACAGCGAUCUACCCGACCACCACACUGACUCCCAUUGGCCAGACACUGCCCCAACAACCCCAGGUCAUCCAGCAGCAGCAGCAGAGAGAAGGUCCCGAGGGCUGUAACCUGUUCAUCUACCACCUGCCACAAGAGUUUGGAGACAAUGAACUCAUGCAGAUGUUUUUGCCCUUCGGCUCCGUCAUCUCCUCUAAGGUCUUCAUGGAUAGGGCAACCAACCAGAGCAAGUGUUUCGGUUUCGUGAGCUUCGACAACCCUGCUAGUGCACAGGCAGCUAUUCAAGCGAUGAAUGGCUUUCAGAUCGGGAUGAAGAGGUUGAAAGUUCAGCUAAAGAGACCGAAGGAUGCCAGCCGCCCUUACUGACACAGCCUACCUUCAGUAUUCAUUGCAGCAGCACAGGUUUUAGAGGACACUUGAAGAUGUCUCGGAGGAGUUCAACUUUUUUUUCCUUUGACAGCAAAAUAUGUUUUAAAAAAAAUCAACACAUACGGAAUUUUUGAAGACAUAUCAGCAUUUACUUAUGAAGAUAUAGGUUACGGCAGAAAAAGAAGACGUGAAAAGAGGAGGAGGAGGCGCUUCGCCGGGGGACUUUACAGUAACAGAUGGCACAGUGCAAGAUCGACGAAAAGAAAAAAAAACACUGAAAAAAGAUGUAAUGAGACUGAACAACAGAACUUUUUUCUUGUUGAGACUUGAAUUGUUAAUUAAGCAACAAACUAACAAACAAAAAAGCAGCAACAACAAAUAGAUUUCUAUAUACAUAUUAUAUACACAUAUAUCUAAGGAAAGAGGCGCUUGUGGCUUUUACUGUACUGGACAAAUGAGGGUUAAAACUUGAAGAUCAAGAAAAACAGUGGAAAAAAGAAGCUGUUCUAUACGUCCACUGACAGACUUUCUUUCUAUUUCCCUCUUUCUCUUAUUCUCUCACUGUCUCUCUCAGCAAGCGCAGAACUAUGACUCUUGGAGGUCACUGAGGUUUCCAUUAGCAACAGUAGAACUGCAAAUCUUUCACCCCUAAGGGACCAAAGGACCAAACAUUUUUAUUGUUCUGAACAGUAAUAUAUAGUAUUGAUGAUACUAAUACUACAAACUACUACUAAUAAUAUUAAAAAGUUAACUUAAGAAGAAAUACUAGCUUCAGGUUGAAAAAAAAAAGAGGAAAUGUUUUUUUUUGUUUCAUUUCCUUUUGCAUUUAUAGCUACUGGGUUUGAGAAUAUUAAAGCAAAACAGAAAAAAAGUAUAAAAAAUAAAGCUAUACUAUUUUAGUGGCGUAGAAUAUGUGGGUUAGAAAUUGUUUCGGGCAUGUUCAGGUACAUUCCACUCAUCGCUCCAUCCGCAUCCAGCGUUUCAUCUCGGAGGUCUUAUCUGUCGGCGUUAUUGUGUCAGAGGAAGGAGGAGAAAGUAGUCCUGCAGUGCCAAAAGCGACACAAUAACAGCCCCCCUCAAAGUGAACAUGUAACGCUGCCCCCUCUGUUUCCCCAAUCGGCACAUCACAAUCCCAUAAUAGAGACAAGAGUCGUCCGCUGUCGUCAUUAAAACCUUGAUAUUACAGAUAAUCUGACCGUAAAGCGCUGUGGUAAAAGCCCCACCCGGCUGAGCUGGGUACGUUGCAGUAAAACAGCACAGCAUCUGUAACUGCUUAAUAAAAUAUACAAAUGAGGCUGACAGCAGUUGUAAAAAAAAAAAUCCAUCGCCGUGUCGCAGUGGUCCCUGCCAGGUCGUGCCCUCUCCCGCUGCCAAGCUUCUCCAGCUGCUCUCAGCAGGCGAGAGCAGCGUCCCCUCGUCUCUCUCUC